CAUCAACCCAGAUAUGGCAAGGUCACAGGAAGCGACGCAGAUUCUCCAACAAGAAAGCAAUGACCCGAAAGACCGAGGAAAAGUCCGAUACUCCACGCUCGACGGCCAACAGCAUGUAUGGCAAACCGGGGUGUGGAAGCGACUCCCCUACCUAGGCCUCCUGUCCCUGCUAGGCGUGCUCCUAUGUAUUGGGUUCGAUAUCGCCAUCCUACUGACCUGCAACGGCCAGCCCGUCAGCAAAUGGUCUGUGCAGCCAUCCGUCCUGCUAGCCAUCUCCGCCGCCCUCAGCAACGGCCUCCUCAAGUUCGCCAUGGCCGAAGGCGCCGCCAUCAGCUGGUGGCUGCGCGCGAUCGACGGCUGCACCGUGGACGACCUGCAUCGCUACUGGAGCUUCCCGAACAGCCUCUACGACGCGGCGAGAAACAUCCGGUUCGCGAACCUCCUCACCUUCGCGAGCGUGGCCUCCGUCAUCGUGGCUGUCGACAGCCCGCUCUACCAGCGCGCCCUGACCAUCGUCACCGAAACCGUCGCGCACCAGACGCCCCUCUCCGUCAAGAUCGCCCGGCAGAUCCCCGAGGGGUACACGGGCACGCUGAUGCAGCACACCACGCCGCCGGCCCUAGGGUCGAUGAAGCCCGCAUUCCAGCAGGUGAUGGAAGGGUACAACAGUCGCGAGACCAUGUACAUCAACAGUACCACCGGUGCUGGGGGCGGCGGCGGCGGCGGCGGCGGCGGCGGGAAUUUCACGGGGCUGAUGAUCCGCGCCGCGGGGUUCGCGGUCGACUGCGCGCAGGAGACGCGGCCCUGGGAUUUCGGCCCCGCCUACGAGACCAAGAACGGCUCGCUGACGAGUAACGAUUCAGGCGAUAUCGUGGGGAUGGUCGACGUGGAGCGCACAAUGUUCCAGACCAACUUCACGUUUGACGCCACGCUGCCGUCAAAUAUCACCUUCUUGGCGGUAUGGAAGGACCAGAUCCCCUGCGUCAGUCGGUUGCAGGUCAAGCGGUGCCGGUUUCAGAUUGCCGAGCUCUACUACCCAGUUACGAUUGUCAACAAUACGGUGGAGUUUGCUGGGCCUCUGAACGAGCUGGGGCUCUCUGGGGACUCGAUAGCCGCGAGGUAUGACAUCGACAGCAACGAAGUCACCCACCGCAAUGGCAGCACGCUGGGGGGCAUCUACCUGGGCGCGGAGGAUCUGCUCAAUGCGCAGGCCGCUGCCGACCAGGCGGACCACAUCUGGAGUCUGGAUACCUCGGGCACACUGGCCCAGGACUACGCGAACAACACCGAUCUGACCACCACGUGUCAAAGCACCUGGUCCGAUCCCACGUCCGCGGUCAUUUCCACCCUGCAGGAGAUCAUGUUCCGCACGGCGCUCGCGGCGGCGAACGACUCGAGCAAGCUGGAAUACUACAAGGGGGUGGACGCUACGCGCGUGCAGACGAAUCAGACUGUGAACUCGGUUCUAACCUCGGAUGAGGUGGUCUUCAAGCUGCAUCCGGAGUACUUGGCGGUAGGCGUGCUGGUGACUAUUGCCUGUGUGAUUCCUGUGGCAUUGACCUUCUAUGGGUGGUGGAAGAUCGGGCGGCCGGUCACGAUGAGCCCGGUUGAGAUUGCCAAGGCAUUUAAUGCGCCGGUGCUGCGUGGCUCGGCGACGGGGAGUGAUUUGCAAGGGCUGUUGCCGGUGGUAGGGAGGCGUCGCGUGCGUUACGGGGCGGUUCGAUAUCGCGGGGAAAAGGUGGUGUUUCCGGAGGAGGGACUGGAGGCGGAGGAAGGGAGUGUGGAGACUCGUCUCGAGCUGGCUCAUCUUCAUUGGACCUCUGUGCCUAAGCAAGGGGCGUAUUUUGCGUAGGGCAUAGGUAAGAAUAUAUCAGGUCUAAUAAGGACAGUAUCAGCAGCGAAAGUUUGAAGAGUACUGUACAUUCUAGUAUGCGGUUCUAGCUCUCUUAAAUCAGGGCCAUAAUAAAUUCAGCAACG